GCCCGCCGGGCCUAUGCGCUGCGGCGCGUGCGCGAGCGGUGCAGCACCGGCCGCGGGAGCAGGGAGUAUUAUGGGCUGUGGGUGCCGCUGAGCAAGAUGGAGCUGUCUGCAGUGGGCGAGCGGGUCUUCGCGGCCGAAUCCAUCAUCAAACGGCGGAUCCGAAAGGGACGCAUCGAGUACCUGGUGAAAUGGAAGGGGUGGGCCAUCAAGUACAGCACUUGGGAGCCCGAGGAGAACAUCCUGGACUCGCGGCUCAUUGCAGCCUUCGAGCAGAAGGAGAGGGAGCGUGAGCUGUAUGGGCCCAAGAAGAGGGGACCCAAACCCAAAACUUUCCUCCUGAAGGCGCGGGCCCAAGCAGAGGCCCUCCGCAUCAGUGAUGUGCAUUUCUCCGUCAAGCCGAGUGCCAGCGCCUCCUCGCCCAAGCUGCAUUCCAGCGCUGCCGUGCACCGGCUUAAAAAGGACAUCCGCCGCUGCCACCGCAUGUCCCGCCGCCCCCUGCCCCGCCCAGACCCCCAGGGGGGCAGCCCGGGCCUGCGCCCGCCCAUCUCCCCCUUCUCCGAGACGGUGCGCAUCAUCAAUCGCAAGGUCAAGCCGCGGGAGCCCAAGCGGAACCGCAUCAUCCUGAACCUGAAGGUGAUUGACAAGGGGCCGGGCGGCGGAGGUGGCGCUGGGCAGGGGGCCGGGGCCCUGGCCCGCCCCAAAGUUCCCUCGCGGAACCGCGUCAUUGGCAAGAGCAAGAAGUUCAGCGAGAGCAUCCUGCGCACCCAGAUCCGCCACAUGAAGUUCGGUGCCUUCGCUCUGUACAAUAAGCCCCCGCCCGGCCCUCUGCCGCCCCCGCCAGCCGGCAAGGCCGAUGUCGCCACCUCCCCCGGCCCCGGGCUGCUCCUGGCAGCCCCGGGUGCCACCUACGACGCCCGCAGCUCCAGCUCCUCCGGCUGCCCCUCGCCGGCCCCGCAGUCCUCCUCCGACCCAGAUGACGCGCCCCCCAAGCUGCUCCCCGAGACCACGAGCCCAUCCGCGCCCGACUGGCGGGAGCCCGAGGUGCUUGACCUGUCCAUCCCUCCCGAGGCGGCAGCCACCAGCAAGCGAGCGCCUCCCGACGUCACCACCGCUGCCAGCCAGGCCCUCCCCGCAGCCCCGGAGCCUGCAGCAGCGGCCUCGGAGCCCGAGGCUGGGGACUGGCGCCCCGAGAUGUCACCCUGUUCCAACGUGGUCGUCACCGACGUCACCAGCAAUCUCCUGACCGUCACUAUCAAGGAAUUCUGCAACCCUGAGGAUUUCGAGAAGGUGGCCGCAGGGGUUGCAGGCGCCGCAGGGGUGGGUGGCGGCAGUGGGGUGAGCAAGUGAGGGGGCUCCACCGAGGAGGGGGGCUGGGGGGCCCUCCUCCCCAAAGUGGUCCUCUUGCCCCCGCCCCCUCCCCACCCUCGGACAACCCUGCCUGUGCUUUGCUUGUUUCCAUGGCUUGGUGUUGACCCUGGGAUGGGGCUGGGCAGUUGGAGCCCCCCUGCCCAGGCCCAGUGGGAGGGGCAGUCUGGACCGGUUGGGGCUGGGGGAGGGCGAGGGUGCUAGGAAGACCUCCCUCUUGUCUCUUGGCACCCUCCCUGCCCACCCCAGUGGCGCCUGCUGGGUAGCUCCUGGGGAGCCCUAGGGCCUGGGGCACAGCUGCCCCCCCACAUCCCACCCCGUCUCUCCCCAGCUUGCUUCCAGCUCUCGUGCACACAGCAUCUGGUUUCUCGGUGCUAACCCGGCAGCUGCAGGGCCCCCCAGCUUGGGCACCGUCUCUUUCCUCCUCCCAGAUGCCUGGGCGGGAGGGGCAGGGAUGGGAAAGAUAGAGGGAGGUUGAGGUGAAGCUGGCCUUGGCCCCUCCCCCCUACAUCAAGGAGGGCGACAGGAGCGGGCCCGCUUUUGGCUGAGACCCAAGCAGGUCCCCCUGGGUCCCACCCCAUCCCUUUCCUAAUCCCUCUCUUGAAGGUGAGAGGGACUGGCGCUCACCUGCCACAGCCUCCCAGCACCUAAAGGCCCGCUCAGUUCUCCACCAAAGGUGCUACAAGAACCUUCUGCGUGCCUGCACCUGCUGCCUUUGGCACGUCUGCGUGUACCGGUGUGUGCGUCGGGCGCUGGGCCCUUUAGGGUUCCUCAGAUAGGGUCAUCAGGUCAAAGGUCUGGACCUUCCCUUGCCAUCAGCGGGGUCCGGGCCCUGGCCCAGGUCUGAGGAGUUUGCUGGGGAGGCCCCCAGGCCCAUCCGCCCUCCCAGCUGGGGUGUGGGGGGAGGGGAGCCCCAGCCCCACCCUUCUCCUUCUUUGGGGGGGGGGUCCACCCGACCAGUCGGGCCCUUGCUGUACGUGGUGGGGACUGAAGCAAAGGGGAGACCCCCAUCCCAAGCUCCCCCUUCCUCCUGGGCAUUUGCCCCAGGGCGGGGGGUUGGGGGGGAGCUUGGACACCCUUCCAAGGGUCUCCCGCUUUUCCCACGCCCCUCUUUUGCUUCUGACCACUGCCCUGGGCAGCUUCUCUUUCCUUUGCUGCCAGGGAGCUGAGGUGUCAGUGGCAGAGACCAAAGCCCCAGUUUGCGGCUUGGGCCCUGGGAGGCAGGCAGGCCAAAGGAGGAAUGGGCCGGGGGUCUGCUGCUUGGGGGAGGCAGCCUGGCUGGCCAGCCCUGGCGCCCUGCCUGGGCUCGGCUUGGCCUGAGUGGUGGGGCUUUGCACGCGGCUCCAGGUGACUUCCUGGUGUGUCAGCUCAGAGUCACGAUGGCAGAAGGAGGAGACAGAAAGGGAAUUCGGUUGGGUAACAAACACCUUGUCCGAAGCACGGGAGGACUCUUCCUUCCAAACCUCUCUGGCGGGGGCUGCAGCGUGGCCCCUGUCCCUCCUCACCCUGGAUGUAGAACGAGGGCCGGCACAGGGUCUGGGGGGCUGGUGCUCCUGGACCCCUCCCCACCCUGCCCUUUGUGUUGCCUCCGUGGCCGUCCAAGUGCCAAUUGGCUCCCCCCAAAUAAGGGCUGGUAUCUCUCCUCUGUCCCCGGAGGUGAUUGCCCCCAACCCCCACCCCAGGUGAGCGUCCACCUGGGUGCCAGUUACAGGUGUUUCCAGAGACCAUAGAAAUGUGUUUUCCUGAGAGUCUGUGUCAUUCGUGACUUUUUUUGUAAAGAAGUUGUGUUUUCAGAGGUGAUUUUAUGACAGGAAAGUGAAAGAAUUAGUUUUGCAAAAAACAGAAAAAACAAAAAAAGAAGAAAAAAACAAGAAAUAGAAAAAAAUAUCGUGGGAUUCCUAUGGGGUUGGGGCGGGUGGGGAGAAAGAGAUAUUUAAAGAAAAAUUAGUAACGCAGUGAUUGCACAGGCGAGGCGGCGACGUUCAGAACGUGGAUAGAAGCCGGGAGGGCCCCGGGUGCCAGCCACCGCCCUUCCCGGGCCCGAGGCAGGGUCGGCCCUGCCCCCUCUGCUGGGCGCAGACUCCACACCUGUCCUCGCUCAAAAGGAAGGAUGGCCCCUGGUCCCUCUAGGAACUUACCAGAAGCUGCAGGGACCAGACGCAGAGCUGAGAUGGGGGGUGGGGGCACGGCGCAUGGGAGGGUCCGUAGGGAUCCGGCCGUGGCCAGGACCCGUCGUGGGUGACUUUCUCCAGGGGGGCUGCUGAGUCAGGAUAGUUGGGUUCCUCACCCUCCUCCAUUCCUUUGCCAGCUAUCUGGUCUCCCCACCACCACCCCAUGGGGGCAUUUCCCUCUCCGUCGCCCCAAAGAUCAUGACACCCCCAAGCUUCCUUGGCCACGAGGGCCACACAGGUGGCAGGCAGGCAGGAGCUGUGGCCUCUGGGGGAGUCUUAGGUGGUGGUCACAGCGGGUGGGAGGUAGCCGCCGUGGCGAGAGGGAGAGCCUGCCCCUUCUCCUUCCACUGGCAGGUGGCUGCUGCCCUUGGCCCACAGCUGUGCAGCCGAGGCCCAGGCAGCAGGCACGUCGCUCCCAGGUGGACGGCUCCCCCGCAGGGGGCCUGAGUGGGCACCGGGUCAAGAGGAAGCGGGGCUCUCCCUCCCUCUCCCAGGGUGCCUCCGAGCCGGGUUCCGCAGCCCCACACACACUCUUGCACGGAUCAGCCUCCCACCGGCCCUUUCUCCCCCACGGCUGCUCUUCGGUGUGCUACCUGCCAGGCAGAAGUUGCAGUCCGGUUUGCUUUAUUUUUAUAUGUGAAAGACCCCUCAGAGCCCGCUCUCCUCCCAUGUUCAAUAUUGACUGGGGUCAUCCCCCUUCACGCUACCCCCUCCCCACCCCUAGGUCAUAGGAAGCAUGAGGUCUGAGGUUUGAGGUGGGAAGUUGGGACACGUCCCUGUCUCAUUCCCCACCCAGCCCCUCAGUUUGCCCUUUUGUGAAAUGGGUGUAUCGGGUGGCAAGGUGUUGCCUAAAGCACUGCUGGUGUCCAGGCAGCUGCUGAGGAUCGGGUGGUUGAGGUUGCUGGCCCUGUACCCUCCAGCCUCCCACAGCCCCCUUUCGUUCUCACCCUGCAAAGGGCUUGGGGCCAAAACGGACUCCAGCCUUCCUCUGCCCUGGAAAGAGGCAGUGAUCAAGUCCCCAGCCUCGGUGCGAGGCGGGUACAGCGGGCAGGGUUGCCGCAUUCAAAGGACCAGGAGGGGACUCUGAGAGGCAGAGGUGCCUCACUGGAGUGAAGAGCCCAGCUGCUCUGGCCUUUUGGGGCAAACCUCUUGAAAAGGCUGGAACCCGGGCCCUGGAGCCACUGCGAAGGGUCGGGGCAGGGGGUUUACCUGGCGCCAGGCGGUCCUGGGUGAGGGGUCAGCCCAAAGGAGAAAAGCUCGAAGAGCUGGGCUGCCACUAGCCUUUCUAGCCUCUGGGUGGACCCCCCCCCCCCCCGCCUUUCUUUCCUUUGGGGGUUUUGUUGGUUGUUUUUUGGUUGUUUUUUUUUUUUUUUUGCACUUGGCCCACGCCGGACAGUGGAUGCAGUGGUCAGGUCCACUUUCAGGCUCCCAUGCACUAGCCCAAGGCAGCCCCUUGGGGGCUUGUAUGGUUUAAGGAAUCACUUUUGAAAAGAGGAAAGUGUUUAAAGGUUUUCGUUUCUGUUUUUUUGUUUUUCUCUGUCUGCAUCUCCUCUCAGAUUCAGAAAGACCAGAAUUAGGGGCUGAAACUCCAGGAGAGGGUCUCCCUAGCCUGCCCGUCUCGCUGACGGUCACCAGGACACCAAGAGGGGGACAGGCCGGAUGGGGAUUGAGGACCCCACCUCCCAGCGGGGUCCCUCUCAUCCAGCCUUGAGGGCGUCAGCACCUUACUCCAGUGAGUGAGCGCCUACUGUAUGCAGAGCUUCAGCUAGGCAAAGGAGGCUGGCCGUUCUAACGAGGGACCCCUCACAAGAGGCCACAGUGGAAGGAACCCAGGGUUCCGGGGGCCUCCCCCUGCUGUCGGGUGGAGUUGAGAUGGAGACUGCUUGUUGUUGGUUUUAAUUUAAAAACACAAAGGCCUAAAGAAAUGUAUCUUAUAAUUUUUUUAAUUUUUGAAAAGCUCAUUUAAUGAAUCGUGCACGAAUGAAUUCUAUAUAUAUAAAAUAUACAUAUAUAGCUCUAUAUUUGGGGGGGGCGCUCUGUCUCUUUUAUUUCUCUCUCAUUUUAAAAAUGAAGUGUCAUUGCCUUUGUCUGUGGUUCAACCAUCCAGCUCCCAGCUGGCUAAACUUUGCCUCCAGUGGUUCAAGACAGGAAACUUGUAGGGGUAGCAGGAGACCCGGAAAUGAAGACGCCCUCCCCAGCGCGGGGCAGGGUCCGCAGCCCAGCUGCCCUGCGGGUGGAGAAAACGGCUUGUGUUGGGUGCGGGUUUUGGUUCUGUUGUUCUGGAUGCGGUUGUUUUUGGGCCAGGGGAGGGGGGUCUGUGCUGAUACUCUGUCUUGUACGUUUUGUUCUGCUGCUCUUCAGUAUCGUAUCAACGCCAGGAAGGGGGGCGUGAGAAGCCUCUUUGGCCCCCCAAAUAAAUUGUCACAUUCCGAAGCUAA